AUGCAGACCUUCAGAGCAGUUUUCGUGGCAGCACUUAUCUCCCUCUCUGAGGCAGUUCGCCUUACAAACACAGCCGAUCAAUAUAGUGAUGUCAAGGCUGGAGAGCCAUACAAGAUAACUUGGGAGAACGCAUCAGGACCUGUUACUAUAUUGUUGAAGAAUGGACCCUCUACUCACCUUCAGACCGUUUCUACCAUCGCCUCCGGCCAAACUGGAAAUUCUUACGAAUGGACUCCACCUUCCACCCUUAAGACAGAUAAAUACGCUUUCGAGAUAACUGACUCCGGAGAGCCAAACUACUCUGUUCAAUUCACCAUCACCGGUGAUGACACUCCAGACCCUAUGACCUCAUCUCAACCAAUUCGGGCAACUGGAACCGGAACCGGGCACCCAGCUCCCUCUGGAAUGAGUAGCUACACUUCAAGAAUUUCUAAUGCAACCUCCACAAUGACUGGUACCUACCCAACUGGUUCAGGUGGAUACUCCGGAGGCCCAUCCAACACCACAGUUCCUCACGUGUCAUCUACAUACAUGACUUCAACUAUCGCAGCAAGCCCAAGUUCUACUACUGUACCUGCUGAUGCCAACAAUGCCAACGGGAUCUCAUCACCACUCGCACUAGUUCUGUCGACCUUCUUUGCGUUCAUGUUCCUCCAUUAA